AUUUGACAACCACGUGGAUUGAUCGAGAAUGUCGUAAUAGUUACAAAUUUGACAAUCAUGCUGACGAUCAAAAAUGUCGCAAUAUUUAUAGUAGACUAGUGGUGGCAGAAAUAACACGUCAUCACGUGACCGAAGAUCCUUUCCGAUGUAAUUUCCGGCCGGAAGAUCUAUGGAUA